AAGCACCCGCUUCCGGCUUCCUGCAUAAAAGGCAAAGGAAUUACUCGGACAGCGGCGCCCGCUCGCGAUCGCGGGUGUCAGUUAGUUGCCACACUGCCUCCACACACCACCAGAACACGGGGCCAGCCAGCCAGCCAGCCCAGAGGAAGCCAUGGCGCGCACGAGCAACCACACUGCCUCGCCCUCCAUGACGAAGGCCACGGCGGCGGCCGUGAUCGCCUCCUCACCGUCUCCGCCUCGGCCGCCUCCUCCCGCCGCGGCUGCCGGCGCGGGGGCGUGGGGCCCCUACGCCAGCUCCCGGGCCUUCUUCUCCAACGUGGCCACCAUCCUCAUCAUCCUGGCCUGCGUCUCUCUGCUCGCCUUCGCCCUUCACGGCGCGGCGCGCCUCGUCCUCCGCUGCCUCGCGCGCCGCCGCGCCGCGCGGGCGCGGGCGGACGAGCCCAAGCUCCCGACGAGCGCCGCCGACGCCGCGGGCGCCGGGGCGGCAGGCGCCGGCGCCCCCGGCGCAGCGGGCGCGUGGGCCGAGGCGGAGUGCGCCAUCUGCCUGUCGGAGCUGGCGGGCGGCGGGCGCGUCCGCGUGCUCCCGGCGUGCGGGCACGGGUUCCACGGCGCCUGCGUGGAGGGCUGGCUCGCGGCGCGCGCGUCCUGCCCCACCUGCCGCGCGCCGUACCGGCCGCCGCGGGCGGGAGAGCCGUAGCCCGUAGCCAGGCUGCUGCAGUGCCGCCGUGCCUUCUUCACACAGGGCGGCGCUCCGUCGGCGACGCAGACAAGAAGCGACGGCAAGUACGUUCUGGUGGAGCAAGCUUUGCUCCGGCGCCUCCGAUCCAUGGCGUUCGUUUCAUUAUCGCUUAAAACCAAUGCAAAUUCACCGCCGGCUUCUUGCUGCCGCAUGCGGAUCGAGUUAUCUGUGUUUCAUGUCAUGCGGAGCUCGCACUGUGGGAUUAGGUCGUUGUACUACCAGAAUUGACUGCAAUUACGCAGGCCGAUUAGCUCGUCGUGGUCUGAGUCGCUCA